UCCAGGAAAUAUCCAGAUGUCAAAUUGCGCCUAGUACUGGAUUUGGGAGUUAAGAAGGACAACGUUUUGUUUUCGUUAUUAAGGCACUAUUGCUUUGUGAUAAAGCCAUGUCGAAAAAUCAGAUAUAUUACUCUGAUAAGUACAUAGAUGAGGAUUUUGAGUACAGGCAUGUUAUGCUCCCGAAGCAACUGUCCAAGUUGGUGCCACAGUCUCACCUGAUGACCGAGGAGGAGUGGAGGGGUCUAGGAGUGCAGCAGAGCCAAGGCUGGAUCCACUACAUGAUUCACAAGCCAGAACCGCACAUACUGCUCUUCCGAAGACCCCUCCCUAAGGAAUGAGAAGGUCACCGGAAGGAAACCGCUCCAGUGGAAUGCACUGAUGGGAACAAAUUGUGCUAAAUUCUCUGCUUGUAUUUUGGUUUGUACAUAAGCAGCCUUCUGCAGACCUUUGGUAUUAACGUCCCCCCAUAGACCAUCGGAUGUGUAUUAGAGGCCACCAGCGGAGAGCUGGGUGAAGUGUGCAGCCUUCAGGCUGGUGGACAGAGACUGUGUGUUUUAGAUCAGGCCACAAAGAGCUCUGGGAAAUCGAGGAAAGAUGGUGUUUCUUUUUGUGCGAUAGAUUGAGUGAGUGAUCUCAGUUAUAAACUAAGCUGCUAUGUUGACACUAAACUGUCUUGGCAGCACAACCUGGAAGUUCAGUGGAUUAGUAAUUUGUCUGGAAAUGAGUUUGAAGGUCUGAAAUUGUACUUGGUCUUACUUUGUCUUUACAUUCUAUUUCUUAUGUAUUAUAAUAGACCAGUGACUUUCCCACUGUCCUUUGUUGAUACCAUGGUAACAAAAUAAAUAUUUUUCUGUAGAUAA